UAUCCAUUUUCUCGAAUCUCUCUUAUUUCAUGAAUUAAUUUAAAUUCUCUGGAGAAGAAACCAUGGCGGAAGAAAUUCGAUUCUUCGAGCUCAAUACCGGAGCCAAGAUUCCGUCCGUUGGUCUCGGAACUUACGCCGUCGAUGAAGCCGGAAUUGAGCAAGCGAUUAAGGUCGGGUACAGACAUAUCGAUUGUGCUUCGAUAUACGGAAACCAGAAAGAGAUUGGUAAUGUGUUGAAGAAAAUGAUAGAUGGUGGUAUGGUGAAACGCGAGGAGCUAUUCAUCACCUCGAAACUCUGGUGCAAUGAUCAUUUACCCGAAGAUGUACCUACGGCACUGGAUAAAACUUUGCAGGACUUGCAGAUUGACUAUGUGGAUUUAUAUCUGGUUCACUGGCCAGUCAGCCUGAAGAAGGAUUCACCAAAGCCGAAACCUGGAAGCUUCACAAAACCUGACAUACCGAGCACAUGGAAAGCAAUGGAAGCACUCUAUCAUUCAGGCAGAGCUCGAGCAAUCGGAGUGAGUAAUUUUUCCUCAAAGAAACUCGAAGAUCUGCUAAAAGUGGCACUUGUUGUCCCAGCUGUUAAUCAAGUGGAAUGCCACCCGCUGUGGCAGCAAAGACAUUUACUUGGACUCUGCAAAUCAAAAGGAGUGCAUCUAUCUGGUUACUCUCCAUUGGGCUCACAAGUUAAGGGAGAUACUCGCCAGAAGGUCCUUCAGAACCCUAUUGUCACACAUGUUGCUGAGAAAUUAGGCAAGUCUCCUGCCCAAGUGGUUCUCCGUUGGGGGCUUCAAAUGGGUCAUAGUGUACUGCCCAAAAGCUCGAACGAGGCACGACAACAGGAGAACCUCGAUGUUUUUGAUUGGUCGAUACCUGAAAAUCUGUUUGAAAAGUUCUCCGAAAUUCCCCAGGAGAAGCUGGUCAGAGGAGCUGAUUUUGUGGACAAGACAUGUGGUUUCUACAAGACCCUUGAAGAACUCUGGGACGAUGAAGUUUGAUUCUGUCUUCUCCUUCAGGUUGGUUUCUUUCUUGCAUCUCACGCUACUCUGUUGGUGGUAGGGUUCCUCCUCCAUUUCUGUGAGUGUGAUGAGCUUUCAGAGUUUGUUUUUUAUUUUCGCUUUCAGAGUUUGUUGAUGAAGAAAACAUUUUCCAAAAGCUUGGGUUGUCUGUGGGAAAUGCUCGUCUAUUUCUAUAGAUUCUGCUGGUGAUUUAUAUUUUGUUUACAAUAAAAUUGUUUGUUUAAUGAUACAGAAGACCGCAUCUUUUUAUUUACA